GUCACAGCGCAGCCGGCCGCAGCCCGGAGGGGACCUGCCACGCCGCGCCCAUGCCCGGCCGCCGCCCGUGACGCCCGCCCGCCAGGAGCCCCCUCAAGCCCUCUGGGGUCCCCACUGCCACCACCACCAGGAGUGACCUGGGAAGGUGCAGAGAUGGCUGGGGCCUCGGUGAAGGUGGCGGUGCGUGUGCGCCCUUUCAAUUCCCGGGAGAUGAGCCGCGACUCCAAGUGCAUCAUCCAGAUGUCGGGGAGCACCACCACCAUUGUGAAUCCCAAACAGCCCAAGGAGACCCCCAAAAGCUUCAGCUUUGACUAUUCCUACUGGUCGCACACCUCACCGGAAGACAUCAACUAUGCGUCGCAGAAGCAGGUGUACCGCGACAUCGGCGAGGAGAUGCUGCAGCACGCCUUCGAGGGCUACAACGUCUGCAUCUUCGCCUACGGGCAGACGGGGGCCGGCAAGUCCUACACCAUGAUGGGCAAGCAGGAGAAGGAGCAGCAGGGCAUCAUCCCGCAGCUCUGCGAGGACCUCUUCUCCAGGAUCAACGACACCACCAAUGACAACAUGUCCUACUCUGUGGAGGUCAGCUACAUGGAGAUCUACUGUGAGCGCGUGCGGGACCUCCUAAACCCCAAGAACAAGGGGAACCUGCGUGUCCGGGAGCAUCCUCUGCUGGGCCCCUAUGUGGAGGAUCUGUCCAAGCUGGCGGUCACCUCCUACAACGACAUCCAGGACCUCAUGGACUCCGGGAACAAGGCCAGGACUGUGGCAGCCACCAACAUGAACGAGACUAGCAGCCGCUCCCAUGCCGUCUUCAACAUCAUCUUCACUCAGAAGCGGCAUGAUGCAGAGACAGACAUCACCACAGAGAAAGUGAGCAAGAUCAGCCUGGUGGACCUGGCAGGGAGUGAACGGGCUGACUCCACGGGGGCCAAGGGCACGCGGCUCAAGGAGGGGGCCAACAUCAACAAAUCGCUGACCACAUUAGGGAAGGUCAUCUCUGCUCUGGCUGAAAUGGACUCAGGACCCAACAAGAACAAAAAGAAAAAGAAGACGGACUUCAUCCCCUAUAGGGAUUCUGUGCUCACCUGGCUUCUCCGGGAGAACCUGGGUGGCAACUCCAGGACAGCCAUGGUGGCGGCCCUGAGCCCGGCCGACAUCAACUAUGACGAGACCCUGAGCACGCUCAGGUAUGCUGACCGGGCCAAGCAGAUCCGCUGUAACGCCGUCAUCAACGAGGACCCCAACAACAAGCUCAUCCGGGAACUCAAGGAUGAGGUGACACGGCUGAGGGACCUGCUCUACGCACAGGGGCUGGGAGACAUCACGGAAGCCACCCGUGUGCCCGGAGCUCCCACAUUGACCAAUGCACUGGUGGGCGUGAGCCCCUCGUCCUCCCUGUCUGCACUGUCCAGCCGUGCCGCCUCUGUGUCCAGCUUGCAUGACCGAAUCCUCUUCGCCCCGGGCAGCGAGGAGGCCAUUGAGCGGCUGAAGGAGACAGAGAAAAUCAUCGCUGAGCUCAACGAGACCUGGGAGGAAAAACUGAGGCGCACAGAGGCCAUCCGCAUGGAGAGGGAAGCACUGCUGGCUGAGAUGGGCGUGGCCAUGAGGGAGGAUGGCGGCACUCUGGGUGUGUUCUCCCCUAAGAAGACGCCGCAUCUGGUCAACCUGAACGAGGACCCGCUGAUGUCCGAGUGUCUGCUCUACUAUAUCAAGGAUGGCAUCACCAGGGUGGGCCGGGAGGACGGUGAGAGGCGGCAGGACAUCCUGCUGAGCGGCCACUUUAUCAAGGAGGAGCACUGUGUCUUCCGCAGCGACUCCCGGGCUGGCGAAGCUGUGGUGACGCUGGAGCCCUGCGAAGGGGCAGACACUUAUGUCAACGGCAAGAAGGUCACAGAGCCCAGCAUUCUGCGGUCAGGGAACCGCAUCAUCAUGGGGAAGAGCCAUGUGUUCCGGUUCAACCACCCUGAGCAGGCGCGGCACGAGCGGGAGCGCACGCCCUGCGCCGAGACGCCUGCGGAGCCCGUGGACUGGGCCUUCGCCCAGCGUGAGCUGCUGGAGAAACAGGGAAUCGACAUGAAACAGGAGAUGGAGCAGAGGCUCCAGGAACUGGAGGACCAGUACCGCCGGGAGCGGGAGGAGGCCACCUACCUGUUGGAGCAGCAGAGGCUGGACUAUGAGAGCAAGCUGGAGGCGCUGCAGAAGCAGAUGGACUCCAGGUACUACCCUGAGGUGGCUGAGGAGGAGGAGGAACCCGAAGACGAAGUCCCGUGGACGGAGCGGGAGUGCGAGCUGGCACUGUGGGCCUUCCGCAAGUGGAAGUGGUACCAGUUCACGUCCCUGCGGGACCAGCUGUGGGGCAACGCCAUCUUCCUCAAGGAGGCCAAUGCCAUCAGCGUGGAGCUCAAGAAGAAGGUCCUGUUCCAGUUCGUCCUCCUCACCGACACACUCUACUCCCCGCUGCCCCCUGACCUGCUGCCCCCUGAGGCCGCCAAGGAGCGGGAGACUCGGCCCUUCCCACGGACCAUCGUAGCUGUGGAAGUGCAGGACCAGAAGAACGGGGCCACCCACUACUGGACGCUGGACAAGCUGAGGCAGCGCCUGGGGCUGAUGCGGGAGAUGUACGACCGGGCAGCCGAGGUCCCCUCCAGCGCCAUCGAGGACUGUGACAACGUGGUGACCGGCGGAGACCCCUUCUACGACCGCUUCCCCUGGUUUCGGCUGGUGGGCAGCUCGGUCGCCUCUGCCUGUGGGGGUCCCCCGCUCCUCAGCACGUGCAUGAGGGAGCCCAGGGCCGCCCCCACCCCCUCCCCCAGCUCCUCAGAGGAGGAGGAGUCCCCGGGCGAGGGGGAGGAGGAGCGGCCGUCGGAGGACGUCCCUCGGGAGCUCGGCCGCGACCCGUUUUACGACCGGCCACCUCUGUUCAGUUUAGUAGGCAGGGCCUUCGUGUACCUCAGCAACCUGCUGUACCCUGUGCCCCUGGUCCACCGUGUGGCCGUUGUCAGCGAGAAGGGCGAGGUGAAGGGCUUCCUGCGUGUGGCCGUGCAGGCCGCCUCAGCUGAUGAAGAAGCCCCUGAUUACGGCUCCGGGGUCCGCCAGUCAGGCACCGCCAAGAUCUCCUUUGAUGACCAACAUUUUGAGAAGUUCCAGUCUGAGUCCUGCCCUGUGGGGGGCAUGUCCCGCUCCGGCACCUCCCAGGAGGAGCUGCGCAUAGUGGAAGGUCAAGGGCAGGGCACUGACACUGGCCCCUCGGCCGACGAGGUCAACAACAACACCUGCUCAGCCAUGUCCCCCGAGGGUGCCCCGCUGGAUGGUCCUGAGAAGACGGGCCUGGAUGGGCCCCUGGACGGAGGCCUUGAGCACCUGCGUCUGGGCAGCAUGUUCACCUUCCGCGUGACCGUGCUGCAGGCAUCCAGCAUCUCAGCCGAGUAUGCGGACAUCUUCUGCCAGUUCAACUUUAUCCACCGGCACGAUGAAGCCUUCUCCACGGAGCCCCUGAAGAACACGGGCAGGGGCCCCCCCCUUGGCUUCUACCACGUCCAAAAUGUCGCGGUGGAGGUGACCCGGUCCUUCGUGGAGUACAUCAGAAGCCAGCCCAUCGUGUUUGAGGUCUUUGGUCACUACCAGCAACACCCCUUCCCGCCCCUGUGCAAGGAUGUGCUGAGCCCCCUGAGGCCCUCUCGACGCCACUUCCCCAGAGUCAUGCCGCUGUCCAAGCCAGUGCCGGCCACCAAGCUCAGCACACUGUCCCGGCCAAGCCCGGGGCCCUGCCAUUGCAAAUAUGACCUGCUGGUCUACUUUGAGAUCUGCGAGCUGGAAGCCAACGGAGACUACAUUCCCGCCGUGGUGGACCACCGAGGGGGCAUGCCCUGCAUGGGCACCUUCCUGCUGCACCAGGGCAUCCAGCGCCGAAUCACCGUGACGCUGCUUCACGAGUCAGGCCGCCAUGUGCACUGGAAGGAGGUCCGAGAGCUGGUUGUGGGUCGCAUUCGAAACACCCCUGAGACGGACGAGUCCCUGAUCGACCCCAACAUCCUGUCCCUCAACAUCCUCUCCGCAGGCUAUGUGCACCCGGCCCAGGAUGACAGGCAGUUUCUUGACUCGGACAUGCCUAGCUUCUCCUUGGGAAGUGACACUAGGACAUUCUUCCAGUUCGAGGCAGCCUGGGACAGCUCCAUGCACAACUCCCUGCUGCUCAACCGUGUCACUCCCUACCGAGAGAAGAUCUACAUGACAGUGUCUGCCUACCUCGAGAUGGAGAACUGCACGCAGCCGGCGGUGAUCACCAAGGACUUCUGUAUGGUCUUCUACUCACGCGACGCCAAGCUGCCCGCGACCCGCUCCAUCAGGAACCUGUUUGGCAGCGGAAGUUUGCGGGCCUCCGAGAGCAACCGUGUGACGGGCCUGUACGAGCUCAGCCUAUGCCACGUGGCCGACGCCGGCAGCCCAGGCAUGCAGCGGCGGCGCCGGAGGGUGCUGGACACAUCUGUGGCCUAUGUGCGGGGUGAGGAGAACCUGGCGGGGUGGCGGCCACGCAGCGAUAGCCUCAUCCUGGACCACCAGUGGGAGCUGGAGAAGCUCAGCCUGCUGCAGGAGGUGGAGCGCACCCGCCACUACCUGCUCCUGCGAGAGAAGCUGCUGAGCGCGCAGCGCGCCGGCCCCGAGCCACCAUCCCCCGGCUCCGAGGACUCGGAUUCCCGCAGCUCGUCGGGCGCGUCGUCCCCGCUCUCGGCCGGGCAGCAGUCCCCCCCGGAGGCGCCCAGCGAGCGGCAGCGGGAGCUGGCCUUCAAGUGCCUGCGGCUCCUGACUCACACCUUCAACCGCGAGUACACGCACGGCCACGUCUGCGUGAGCGCCAGCGAGAGCAAGCUCUCCGAGAUGUCGGUCACGCUGCUGCGGGACCCUUCCAUGUCGCCGCUGGGGGCGGCCACCCUCACGCCUUCCUCCACCUGCCCCUCCCUGGUGGAGGGCCGCUAUGGAACCCCAGACGCCAGGACCCCCCAGCCCUGCUCCAGGCCGGCCAGCCCCGAGCCUGAGCUCCUGCCAGACAUGGACGCCAAGAAGUCCCCGUCCCCCAGCCGUGCCCCAGAUGCUGAGAAGACACCCCCACGCCUGCUGGUCCCGGACAUCCAGGAGAUCAGGGUCAGCCCGAUCGUGUCCCGGAAGGGUUACCUGCACUUCCUGGAGCCGCACACAUCAGGCUGGGCCAAGCGCUAUGUGGUGGUGCGGAGGCCCUAUGCCUACCUGUACAACAGCGAGCGCGACGCCGUGGAGCGCUACGUGCUCAACUUGUCCACCGCGCAGGUGGAGUACAGCGAGGACCAGCAGGCCAUGCUCAAGACACCCAACACGUUCGCAGUGUGCACGGAACACCGAGGCAUACUGCUGCAGGCCAACAGCGACAAGGACAUGCACGACUGGCUCUACGCCUUCAACCCCCUCCUGGCCGGCACCAUCAGGUCCAAGCUGUCCAGGAGAAGGUCAGCCCAGAUGAGGGUGUGAGCCCUAACCACCUGAGUCCGCAGGCCACCGGUCCCCGGCCCCUCCCUGGAGACUCGGGGCCAGGAGGCCAGGGGACACCACCUGACCUGUCUUCCUUCAGAGCAUGUCCUGGGGACUCACCUGGGGGCAGGGGCCAAGUCAGAGGACAUACCCCCUGUGUGGCUAUUUUUUUAAGUGUAGAUGGAUCUGUAACUCCUACUCCUUAGCUAGUGAGCAGAGACACCCCUGGAAUUAACACCCAGCCCUGUAUCUACGCGUAUUUAUUUCUAACCCCUGCAGAGACCCCGACUCAGACCCUUCCCAGUUGUCCCCAUGCCGGCCAAGGCCCACAGGGCCAGA